AUGGCUCAAGCGUCUGGUCCGCCGCCUCCGCCGCCGCCGUCUCCCCUGCCUCCGCCGCCGCCGUCUCCCCCGCCUCCGCCUCCGCCGCCGCCGCCGCCUCCCAAAAACGGCAAAGAUGAUCUGAGCUUUAUGCAGACGCUGGAGGAGUCUCAAAAAAAAGAUAUGGGUUUUUAA